CAACACCAGAUGCAGGAGAAGACCCCAAAGUCACAAGAGCCAAGUUCUUCAUCCGGGAUGAGUUUUUAAGGAUAAGUACGGCGAGUGGAGACGGCCGGCAUUACUGCUACCCCCACUUUACAUGUGCAGUGGACACAGAAAAUAUCCGCAGGGUGUUCAACGACUGUCGAGACAUCAUUCAAAGGAUGCAUCUCCGCCAGUACGAACUCUUGUGA